AUGCAUCCACUCGCACUCCAAAUUUUCUUCCAAGUUACCACUGCAACGAAAGCGCUGGAGCGUCUUGGUGGCAUGGAAGUACCCACGUUCGGGUUCGACGCGGCCUCCUUCCAAGAUCUAUACACACAGAUUGAGCAGGCCUUGGAAUACUUCGAGAAGGCGCAACCCGAGGCGUUCGCCGGGAAAGAGGACAUGCCCGUCAUGAUCGACGUGCCUAACAUGUGGCAUUUCGACUUGAACGGCUUGACUUACUUGCAGGAGUUUGUUCUACCGAAUUUGUAA